GGUGUGUCAUAGUCUGGUCCAGGGUGUGUAGGGUGUGUCAUAGUCUGGUCUAGGGUGUGUAGGGUGUGUCACAGUCUGGUCCAGGGUGUGUAGGGUGUGUCAUAGUCUAGUUCAGGGUACAAGGUGUAUCACUUAAAAUUACAGAACAAAUCUACCAUAAAAAAUUGCUAUUAAAAAAAAGGCUGAACACAACAUAGCAUUGUGAUGAGUGUUGCGUCAGCCACUUGAGCGGCCGCACGUGAACACAACUUGAGGCUGGAGUCGUGGUGAGAACGCCCAUAACAAACGUUUCUCACGUGGAGCGGAACCUGGACUGUGGUAGAGUACUUGUUGAUCCCGUGUUGCUUUAUUCAGUAUAUAUAGUAACGUCACAGGCCAGGCAUAGUCAUCAUCUUAGCAUUCACAAUGAAGAGAGGUUCCACGCCACUGCCUUCCAGCAAGGGCCGCGUCUCUCGUUCAAAUCAACGUCCACUACCAGCGUCCCAGUACGCCAUGGCGUCCCAGUACAACAUGGAGGACAUCCGUAGUGCCCUGAACGCCAUCUGUCCAGGCUCAGCCUCGGGUCUGGACGCUAACAGCAGCUUCGACCUGAACCUCUACCUGGAGACACUGCCAGAUAUACCACUAUUUUGUGAUGGUGAGGGAGCCGCCGGCGGUGUCAACGGACCACCAGAAGCGGCAUCAGCGUCUGGAUACAGCGCCCAGAGCCACCUGCCACUUGAAGGAUCAGCGUUUGGAUACAACACCCAGAGCCACCUGCCACUUGAAGGAUCAGCGUCUGGAUACAACACCCAGAGCCACCUGCCACUUGAAGGAUCAGCGUUUGGAUAUAACCAGCACAGCCAACUGGAACUUGAAGGAUCAGGACGGAGUUGGGACAGACAGAGCCACCUGGCAGUUGAAGGAUCAGCGUUUGGAUAUAACCAGUACAGCCACCUGCCACUUGAAGGAUCAGAGUUUGGAUAUAACCAGUACAGCCACCUGCCACUUGAAGGAUCAGUACCGAGCUGGGAGAGACAGAGCCAGCUGGUGCCUGAAGGCUCAGCGUCAGGAUGGGGCGCCAGUAGCCACCUGGGACUGGGGGAAGCUCCGUCACCCACCUGGCAACACAACGACUAUCUCAGGAUGGUUGACCCCAACGAGGUGUUGAGAACCCCAGCCACGGAGGACCACCAGCUGAGCCAGGGACCCCAACUCCUGCCUCACGACCCAACUGCUCUCCACUAUCCCUCAACAACUCUCAACAGCUUUACUGACUCCUCUGAAUGUUGUUUAUUUCCACAAGAUGAUAUGUCAAGGGAACAACACAGUGUCUACCCACAAGAGUCAGAGCACAGUGCUUAUUCACCUGGAGCUCUGUCUGGGGCCACAGAAAGCCCCUAUUCAUCAAAUCUCCCAGCAGGAACACCUCUCCGUUCCUCUUCCUCUGCCCUGGAAGCCGUCCUCGGGGCGCGACCCGCCACUAGAAAAGGUUACCACCACAGAGUCACAAGAAAGUUUUUGCCAGACGGCGAAGAGAAGGAAAGACGUAAACAAGAUCUGAACAAUGUGGCGUCGAAGGACUAUCGUGAGAAUAAGAAAAUAGCUUUUAAGAUGUUAGAGCAGUUAUUGGAGGCGGAGGAGACGCGACAGCAGCAGCUGACGGCCAAGCAGCAGUCCCUGAAAUUACAAGUCCAAAAGUUCCGGGAGAUGUAUGAGGAACAGCGUAGUAAGCAGAUGCCUCACACUCACAAUUUGCCAAACCCAUAUCCAAAUACUUAGCAUAUGUAUAAGAGGCCAUGUUUAAAGCCAAUGCUUGGUACACUGUGCCUGAAAAGCCCACUAUCUGAAGCAGGAGCCACUGCCUGAAGCAGCAGCCACUGCCUGAAACAGGAGCCACUGCCUGAAGCAACAACCACUGCCUGAAGCAGGAGCCACUGCCUGAAACAGGAGCCACUGCCUGAAGCAACAGCCACUGCCUGAAGCAGGAGCCACUGCCUGAAACAGGAGCCACUGCCUGAAACAGGAGCCACUGCCUGAAGCAACAGCCACUGCCUGAAGCAGGAGCCACUGCCUGAAACAGGAGCCACUGCCUGAAGCAACAGCCACUGCCUGAAGCAGGAACCACUGCCUGAAGCAGGAGCCACUGCCUGAAGCAACAGCCACUGCCUGAAGCAGGAGCCACUGCCUGAAGCAACAACCACUGCCUGAAGCAGGAGCCACUGCCUGAAGCAGGAACCACUGCCUGAAGCAGGAGCCACUGCCUGAAGCAACAGCCACUGCCUGAAGCAGGAGCCACUGCCUGAAGCAACAACCACUGCCUGAAGCAGGAGCCACUGCCUGAAGCAACAACCACUGCCUGAAGCAACAGCCACUGCCUGAAGCAGGAGCCACAUUCUGCAGGAACUCCUACCUGAUGGAGGAGCCACUACCUCACAAUGCCUAAAAUAGACUUUACCUUUUAUGUAACGAGCGGUUCCAAGCGGCCCUGCCCCCCCCCCCCCUCCCCUAAUGCCAAGCAACUUCCAUUGCCCACAACAAGUACUCUUAUG